UUCUCCCUCAACUACAAGUACAUUCUGCUGUUGUUUCACAGUGAGUGUGCUGAGGAGCAUCCGCUGAAGGACAGGCUGCAGAAGCUGAGAUGUCACUUCACAUGGGGGCUGCUCAUCGAAGACACUGGGUUGCCUGACCUAGAAGACAGAAUCCUGGAAGAGAUUCAAUUUCUAGACACUGAACACAAGGUAGGAAUAUACAACCUGCUGGCCUAUGUGAAACACCUGCAAGGCAAGCAUGAGGAUGCCCUGGAGAACCUGAAAGAAGCAGAAGAGGUGGUUCAGGGAGACCAGGCUGACCACUCAGAUGUGAGGAGUCUGGUGACCUGGGGCAACUACGCCUGGGUGUACUACCACAUGGGCAGGCUGGCAGAUGCACACACAUACCUGGACAAGGUGGAGAACACGUGCCAGAAGUCUGCAGACCCCUCCCGCUAUAGAAUGGAGUGUCCUGAGAUGGACUGUGAGGAAGGCUGGGCUUUACUGAAGUGUGGAAGAAAGAACUAUGAGCAGGCCAAGGCCUGCUUUGAGAAGGCUCUGGAAGCAGACCCUGAGAACCCUGAAUUCAACACAGGGUAUGCAAUCACUGUCUAUCGCCUGGAUUACUCUAGCAGAACACCCAAUGAUAAUAGAAAGGUGUGUUCUCUGCAGCCCUUAAGGAAGGCCGUCAGGCUCAAUCCACAAGAUGCAUACCUUAAAGCUCUGCUUGCUCUGAAGCUGCAGGAUGCAGGACAGAAGGCCGAAGGAAGAGAGUGCUUGGAGGAAGCUCUGGCCCAACAGUCCUCCCAGACCUACGUCUUUCGAUACGCAGCCAUGUUUUUCCGCAGACAAGGCCAUAUAGAUAAAGAUCUGAAGUACUUGAAAAUGGCCUUGGAGGCAACGCCCACAUCGGCCUUCCUGCAUCACCAGCUGGGACUUUGCUACCGGGCACAAAUGAGGAAAGUUAGAAGGCAAGAUAGAGAAAAUGUGGACAGACUGAUACAAUUGGCUAUAGGUGAGUUUCAAGAAACUUUGAAAUUAAAGCCCACAUUUGAAUUGGCUCAUGUGAACCUAGCAGAAAUGUAUGUGGAAAAAGAGCAGUACAGGGAGGCUGAGGAACAUUUUCAGGAAGCAUUACGCAUCAAGGACAUUGACGAUCACAUCCAGCAAGAAAUUCAUUACCGCUUUGGCCAAUUCUAUGAGCUUCGUGGACGUUCUGAAGAAGACAAAGCCAUCACUCAGUAUCUAAAAGGUCUAAAAAUAGAAAAAGUGUCCCAUGCCAGGGAAAAACUGCUCAAGGCUUUAGAGAUUUUGGCAGAAAGACGUGUGAACCAGAAUGUCCGAGAUGUGGAAAGUACUGCCCUCCUUGGGCUCAUCCACAAAUUGAGAGGGGAAGUGAGCGAAGCCCUGCUGUGUUAUGAGAAGGCUCUAAGGCUGGCUGCUGACCUCAACUCCAUGUUCUGAAAUGGAGAUCGCCGUUAUCCAAGUAAGGUACUCAAAACGAAAUAUAACAUCAUCUUUCCCCAAGCACUAACUUGAAAAGAGUAACUAGGAGGGGCGUUUGCUAUAGCACUUUAAAUGGCCCUUAGGAUGCCUGCAUGCUAUAUCAGGUCUGUGUUUGAAUCCCAGCUCCACGCUUGAUACCAGCUUCUUGCUAAGCACAGCCUGAGAGCCAGAGCUGAUACUGCAAGUACUUGCAUCUCCGCCGCCUGAAUUUAAUUCCUUGCUUCUGGCUUCAGCCUGGCCCAGUCCUGGCUGUUGCAGGCAUUUGUGGCAUGAAGCAGUGGAGAUAAUUCUCUCUCUCUCUCCCUCUCUCCUCUACUUCUACCUCACCCUCUCCUUCUCCCUCCUAAGUAAUGCUUUUAAAAAAAUGUGUACUUCCUGCAGAGAUUGCUCUUUACAGCAUCCAUGCACUUCUUGUUGACAAAACAAAACAAACAAACAAACAAUCCCUAAUGCUAAUUGGGGCACCAAUCAUCUGUAGGGCCAAUGAGAACAUGCUCUGCCUGAUUCUGCCCUUGGAAUGAAGAGCUUCCACCCUCACAUUAGCUGAUAACCCACACAGAGAAGACUUAAAGAAGCAAUGUUUCUUUUUCACGUGACCUGGAACAUUGAUCUGCAACAGGGUCAGUGCAAAGGGUAAAACCAUUGAGCAAAGGUUAAAGGUACAGACAAGGAGAGGAUUCUGGAGUCCGCUACAGCACCUUAGCCUAGAGUUCCACUUCCCAAGGACCCACUGAAGCUACCACCUGCGGAUCAGUGAGUCAGUCAAGCCAAUAACAUUACCCUUUGUCAGUUCAGCUACUGGCAGUCACAAGGGUUCUUCAUGAUCCAAAUAUGUUCCUGAGCAUUUACUCACAUCUCUGUUUCUCCAGUUUAAUGAGGGAAACAUGUAAUGGAAAACCUUCUGGAUGUGUAAGCUGAAGACGAUAUUCACAACUGGAUGCAUGUUUCCAGUGCUGCUGGGUGGUGUGAGAUAUAAUCUGUUUUGCACCUACACAAAAAUAUUCAGCAAAAUUUCCUAAGAUCACAAAUUUCUUGAGUGAUUCCUUUGUCAAUGAGAUUUAAAAAAAAAAAAGAUGUGUACUCUAUGUUUUUGUGGAAAUAGCAAAAUCAAAAUCAUCAACAUACGCAGUGCUAGAAGGCCUGAAACAGAGCAAUCCUUGGGAUUAUAAAGCAUGGCUAGAAUUUUAAAACAUACUUGGAAAGUAAUUAUUUCUACAGGCCUUGGAAGAUUGACUCUUGUCACCUUGAUCCCUGAGAGCUGGAAUUGACCAAUGGUGGGGAACAGAGUAGGGACAGAGUGCAUCAUUCAGACCAUCCCUGGGGAACAUACAAGAACCACUCCGUUCAAUUCUGUUGAUACUAAAGGAAAAGAGUUAAUAAAUUUGAUCAGAGAGAAAUACUAAGGUAAUAAUAUUCCUUUUUCCUGGGAAAAAUGUGUGAUUUGGCUUUACCUGCCUCUCCUUGAAUACCUUCUAUAUCCCUAUAGAAGAGCCCACUGUGGAGAAAUAUUUGCCACCGUUCAUGGUAGAAAUGAGAAAUUUGAAGACACAUCUCUUCUGCUUGGAAAACACACAACAUUCUUCCAGUCCUCACACCCCACAGCUCUAAGCUUUCAAUUUGGCUCAGUACUGUAACUGUUGCUAAAAUGAAAGCUAUUGCUAUUUAGCUAGAGAUCAGCCUUGGCAAAAACAAUUAUUGGAAGAUUCAUAAAACUCCUGACUGAAUUCAGGACAAAUAUUAGAAAGUCACUGACAUAAGUGGUAAAUUGUCAGAAAGUUUGGGUUCAUUGCAACAAAAAAUUCAUUAAUAUUAAAACAUUUCUAGUACUUCAGGUACUAGAAUCAAAAUAUGCUUUUCUCCUAUCAGAUCUACUUCAUAGAGUGUGUGACCUUCUGUGACGAUGUGUGUGUGUGUGUGUGCAUGUGUCUCCAUGUGUGAGUCUAUAUCUGUGAGUGAGUGUAAAGUAAGUUCUAAACAAGUAAUUUUAACAACAUCAACUCCCUUCACCCUGGAAACUCAAGGACUGAAGUCACCCAAACUGGCUGGUGAAUGUACUUAUCCUUUCGGUACCAGAUGGACCACAAAGGAACAGAGGGAAAGCAGAAGGUACAUAAAAAUACGUAUUUAUCUAUUCAGUUUAAAAUGACAACAAUGGAAAGAUAAAUGAAAAAUUCUAAUGCUAGCUUCUGGGAAAUGAUGGGGCAAAGGGAGGGAAAGCCACAGAAGCUGGAACCUCCUUAUUGGUAUUUGGCACCAUGUAAGUAUUUUACCUAACUCUAAAGCCAAACAUGACACCAUAUGCAUCCUAUAAAGUGUUGGCCAUUUUAUGUAAUGAUUAAAAAAAAUUAAUUGGAGGCAGUGCAGUGGCAUAGCGGGUAAGGCCACCACCUGCAGUGCCAGCAUCCCAUAUAGGCGCCAGUUCGGGUCCUGGCUGCUCCACUUCCAAUCCGGCUCUCUGCCAUGGCCUUGGAAAGUAGUAGAGGAUGGCACAAGUCCUUGGACACCUGCACCCGUGUGGCAGACCCGGAGGAGGCUCCUGGCUCCUAGCUUCAGACCAGCACAGUUCCGGCCAUUGCGGGCAAUUGGGGAGUGAACCAGUGGAUGGAAGACCUCUCUCUCUCUCUCUCUGCCUCUCCUCUCUCUCUCUCUCUCUCUGCCUCUUCUUCUCUCUGUGUGUAAUAAAUAAAUAAAAAAUCUUUAACAAUUUUUAAAAAAUAAAUUGAUGGAUGGAUACAAAACAAAAUGGAAGGGCCAACACUGUGCCAUAGUAGGCUAAUCCUCUGCCUGCAGCACCAAUUUGAGUUGCCACUGCUCCACUUUUGAUCCUGUCCUUAGUAAUGUGCCUGGGAAAGUGGAAGAUGACCCAAGUGCUUGGGCCCCUGCACCCAUGUGGGAGACCUGGAAGAAGCUCCUGGCUUCGGACUGGCCUAGCUCUGGCUGUUGCUGCCAUUUGGGGAGUAAAUCAGCAGAUGGAUGAUCUCUCCCUCUGUCUCGACCUCUCUCUGUAACUCUACCUCUCAAAUAAAGAAACCUGAAAAAAGGAAAAGAAAAGGAAACUGAAUGGAUGAAUGGAUAGAUACGUGGUUGAGUGCAUAUAGUGAAAUGUGAACUACAGGACCUGCAUACAUGAGUAUUCUUGUAAAGUUCUCCCAUCUGUCCUCUCUGGAAAUACACAUCAGAAAUUAGAUACUUAAAAGAGAAAAUAGAAACAUUUUAAAAAACUAAUGCAAACUGGACAAAAUGGGAUAUUGUAUUCAUGGGAUGGAAGAUGAAAGCACAUAGAGAACACAAAUUUCAGGACUUUUGAAUACACUAACUGGAUCCUACAUUUUUGGUAGGACACAUUGCAAAAGGUACAGGGAAAAUAUUCAUGAAAUCUACUCAGCAAACAUUCUGGAGUUGUCCUGUUGCACUCUCAUUACUCAGAGACCAUUGUAGUGUAAUUUAGGAAACACCUCAUAAUAACCAACUGGUAUUACUUUAGAAAGAAGAGGUUCAGUUUGGAAGCCAACAUAUAUAUAUAUAUGUAUAUUUAAGUUUGAUUAACCUAAAUCAAUCAAAUGCAGCUGAAUUAAUAAGAUGCACUUAUGACAUCUUAUCCACAAAAUUCACAGAGUAAUAAUUUCAUUUUCCAGCUUUUUACAAUUAUACUAGGGUGAUAUGAGAUGUUACCAAUGGGGAAUUCAGGUGAAAGGUACACAGGACCCUUACCACAGCUUCCUAUGAGUCUAUAAUUGUUUCAAAGUAAUUCUGAAAUGUAAAAACAUGAAAUCAUGAAAAUGCUUUCAUACCUGAAUAUGUUGCAGUAAACUAAAUUGUGAGUCAAUGUGGGCAGAUGGUCCCUGGAAGACCCAGAAGAAGGUGUUAAAAUCAUCAAACCAUUUGUACAAUGGGGUUCUGGUAGCUGAGCCCUUCCUCGGUAGAUCUGAUUGGAAGUCCUAUAAUCUCAAAAGCCAAGACCACAGUUUUCAUAUAGUGGUCAAAGCACUGAGAAUUACAAUCUUGAAAUAGGCUGUUACCAAGCACAACUUUAUGACUGAGUAAAUUAGGAAAUAAUAUAAUGUGUAAUGAACAGAGAGAUGGUCUCACCGUUUCAUGGGAGAUUAUAAGGAGAAAUACUCAUCAACUUGACUUUUAUAAUGACUUGAAACCUCUAAGGAAACCAGUGUCCAUGGAUAAAUGACUUCCGUCCAACCAUUGCUUUUUAAGAGGAGAGCAUCCUGUACAUCUGCCCCCCGUAACUUCAAUGCUCUCAUUUAGCUGUGAUUACCAACCAUAAACAUCCUAACAAUCUCCCCAGUACAUUCUCAUGGGAGGAGGAUACUGGGAAGAUAGAAAUGCCAGACUGUGGAAAGCAGCGCCAUAUAUGGGCUGAAUUUGUUUCUAACAAGAAACCAGUUUGUCAAUAGACCUUAUUCCAUAUGGCCUGUAGCAAAUUGUUAACUGGUUGAGACUACACACAACAGCCAUGGAAAAGAGGGCAAUCCUGUAUGGCACACAUUCCUUUAAAAACUGUGAAUGGAUACCUGAGAAACUUCAGUAGAAAUGGCUUAAUCUCCUACAGUUGGAAUCACAAAAAAAAAAAAAAAAAAAAAAAAAAGAGCAAACUAGAAUUCUUUCCUAUGACAUCCUGUGACUCUAGAAUAGACUGAGAAGUUCAUUGUCCAUGGUGUACAUGAUGCUGCAAGGCACAGAGAGAUGCAGACCCUAAAAGUGGGCCUCAAAGAAAUACACCCAAGGAUUAAGUCCCAGACUCUCUAUCAGAGGA